GGUCAGAAUCACAAGACUCCCGCCUCAACAAAAUUUUGAUUUUCAGAUUCUGAUUUCUCUCUCUCUCUUGAGGGCGCCUCACCUUUCUUCAAAUCCAGAUCCUCUCUGAGAUUCCCCUCCCAAACACAAAGGUGAACGGGAGAGGUGGGUGUUGAGGGUUUCGAGAUUUUGAAGUUGAAAACCUAAGUGGGUUGAGAAGAUUUCUUUGUUUUUCGUUUUUGGGGAAGUGAAUUUCAUUAUGAGCAACGAUAAUUCAGCAGAUGGGUCUUGCAAAACCCGUUCGGCUCUUGGUGAUUUGACCAAUCGGCCCCUCAAAAGGGGGUUUUCGAAGAUUUCUGCCAAUUCUGAACCGAAAUCUGGAGAUGGGUAUGGGCGGAAUGUGGGUUGUAGAGAUGGGGUUUCACGUAAAUUGGCAAAGCAAGUGUCUUUGGGGGAUGAGAAUAUGGUUCGAGAGAAAUUGGGGGAAGAUUGUAACCCUAAAGGUUUAUCUUCGCCAAAGGGGAUGCCAGAUUCUGUGAUUUCACCCACUUGCAGUGCAGGGGAUUCGACGAAUGACAACGAUGCAUCUGUUGUUGUGCUUGAUGAUGACAUUGAAGAAAAGUCCAAUGACAGUGUUAUGGAAGUUGGUGAUGCGUCGAGGGAUAAUUGCUUGUCGGUAGCUUCAAUGUCCACAUGCUCAGAGCUGUGCAAGAAUGGCUGCUGUGAUGGCGGUGGGAAAUGUCAAUAUGAGAAACCGGGACAGACCUCUGAUGAUGCUCAGAGCACUCCUACAUGUGAGGGAUUAGGCAAUGUUGUUCCCAGGAAUGAUGAAAGGGAUCCUGGUGUUGGCAAAGUGGGUGCGACUAAAUAUGGCUCUACCGAGUGGUCUAAGAUGCCUACCUCGCUGGGUUCUUCAAUGGCAAGAUGCACAACUGUUAAUAGUGCUGCUGAUUUGAAUGCAGGCGAUGACUUGCUCAAUGAUUGCUCUUGUUCAUUUUGCUUGCAAGCUGCUCACAUUCUGUCAGACCUCCAAUACCAGGAUAUAAAGGGUCGAAUUUCUGCUUUAAAGAAGAGUCAAAAAGAAGCGGGCAUAUUGGUUCAGAAAAGUUUUAGGGGAAAGGAGAUUGAUCCUAAGGGACCACGGUACGCAAACAAAACGUCAAAACUUGAAUCUGAUCUCUCAAGUCAGUGGAGAUCACUCUUUCUUCACAUGGAGGAUAUCUUCGUAAAUGAAGGCAACCACCUUCACGACAAAUUUGUCACGCUAAAAGAUUUGAGAGACAACUGCAAGAUGGAACUGGAAACAGCUGUUGGAGUGCCCUCAGAGAGACUGUAGUGCGUUUCUGAUGAUUGUGCUAUUGUAAGAUUGUUGUUAGUUUCUGCCUACUUGGGGUGCAUCUGCGCACGGUGUAUUCUUGUAUUGUUGUUUUAGAGAGUACUAUGUUCUUCACCAGUUUUCUUAAUAAGCUGUAAUCUUUCAGAAGAUUUGUGUAUUAUCACUCUGACCAAAAUUGUUGCAUGGACAUAAUCUCCCUACAUUGAAGAAUGAUAAGUUUACCUUUUGUAUACUCUCAUUCCUGGUGGUAAACUGUGCCUCUCCUCAU